GUGGUACCUUUUGGUGAGAGGACUGCGGCAUCAGAAGACAGUGCAGCUGUGGCAGCAGGAGCUGCCACCACUGAGCAGGAGGAUGUUGCUGAAGGUGACAAACCUCAGGGAGAAGAAAAAGAGGCUGAUAUGUCUCAGGAAAAGGUCAGCAGCAUCCCUUCUGUAGUAAUAGAUCCAGCAUCAAACAACGAGGGGGAGGGAGAACACAAAGUCAUCAUGAAUGAGUCCAAAAAUGCCACAACAGAGAUGGGUGCUCAGGUCACUGACACUUCUCUCAGUGAAACUUCCCAAUCUGGAAAUGAUCAGAAACCUGCUGAAGAAAUCCAGGUUGUACUUUCUCAGGAUCAGCCUGUUCCAGCAGAAGAUGCAGCUUCAGCAAUGCCACCUGGUUUUCUCUAUAAGGUUGAAGUUCUGCAUGAUUUUGAGGCAGCUAACAGUGAUGAGCUUAAUUUAAAACGAGGAGAUAUUGUGCUAGUGAUUCCUUCUGAGACCACAGCUGAUCAGGAGGCUGGCUGGUUGACUGGCAUUAAGGAAUCUGAGUGGCUUCAGUACAGAGAUGCAAAUAGUUAUAAAGGACUUUUCCCAGAGAACUUCACACGCCAUCUGGAGUAGUUCUCCCAGGCAGACAAAUGUAGUAUGAAGCUCAGUCAGUAGGUUUUUAACCUCUUUGAAACACAGGAGCCCACCUUUUUGUUGUUUAAGCUGUUAAUGGUUUACACACUGAUGCAAGACAAAGCUAGUUGAAACAUAUCAAAUGAGCAUGAAUGCAAACAGUUAAGGUGUAAUUUCUGAAACAGUACAUGGGGAAAAAAAAUCAGAUAAAAAUGAAAUGUCCUUAUUUGUUCACAAGUAUGUGGCAACAGGUUUGUUUGUGCUUCGUCAGAGCUAUGGUGAUCCUGUAUUUGAUCCUUUCCCAAGAAAUCUGAAAUUAGCUUCCUCAAUACCAAAACCAUAACUUCUCUGCACUAAGUGUAUUGUAUUCCAUUGCACUGCAGAAGAUUUAAUUAAUUAUCCUGUAGUUAUAAGGUCAAACUAUUACAAGUUCCGUGUGUUAAAAAGAUAGUUAACUACUGCAACGUUUUUCAGUGUUAUUUUUGGACAUGCAUAAUAUAUAUACACAAGAGCUUAUAUGUGUAUAUAUAAGUGCAUAUGGCUAUAUGCAUUUUCACAACUUCAUUGUAGCUCUUUGGCUGUGUAGUAUCAUCCAGUAUAUGCAUUGCUUUUUCAUUGUCUGGCAUUACAGGAAACAGUUUUGUUCAAAGCAAAAUUAACUACUCCAUUGCCAAAACAUGAUACAAUAUCUGUGUUUGUAAUGUGAUAUUUUCAUUCUUAAGUGAUGAAUAACAUCAUGUUCAAAGCCGCUAACCUUUGAGAAGGCAUGGCUCCGUUUCCUCUUCCAGCUGCAGUAGUUACAAUGAGAUAACCUGGAGGGGGGAGUUGUUAUGAUGCUAAUCUAUACGUUUUUAUUUAAUUGGCUGAAUACAUUUUCAAAAAGAAACAGAACUAAUCUCUGAGAAUAAAUAAACACAAUAUAUUUUCACUAUAUGUAUUUAUGCAGCAUACCUUCACAGAACCUUUUAAAGUAAGAUAUAUAUCCUGUAUCAAAAAGUCAUCUGUAACUUAUGUUUUCCAGUGCUGUGUCAUUAAAAAUAAACCUUUGGUCCAAAGAA